ACCUCAAGCAACUGUCCAUGGAUGCUGCUGAGAGAGGCUUGCUGGACAACUUGUCCCCGUCCCUAGGAACAUUCACAUCGAGUUUUUCCAGUCGGGUUGAUUGUGACUUCACUGUUGUCCAAGUCAAGUCGGUCAUGCAGCGCAAGAUCCUAAACAUGUGUCGCAUUCGAUCACUGGAAAGUAACGCCUACUUAUCAUUACUCGCAGAGCGUCUUAAGGAGUGCGUUAAAGACCCCAGCUGCGCACAGGUAUUCCUCGCGGCUGCGAGAUGCACGUCUGUCCACGGAAUCCCUCGAGGAUGUCGUUGAAUACGACGGACAGGUUACCCUUAUCCGAAUGAUUCAAGGUCAACAGAAUUUGGCACUCCCCAGUGCAUCGUUUCCUAAAAGGUUGCGGAACUCCGAAUUCGGUCGUGGAGCAUCUACACAAGGAUUCAGUCGCGUGAAAGGGAAUAUGAAUGAAACCGGCCGAAUCGACAAUAACACCAUGCUUCGAAAGAAGCUCGGCGCGGACCUAGUGAAAGCAGUGCACCUCCCGACUUGCAGUCUUGCUGGUCUCAUCCCUGUCAACUUCAGUGACGGACGACUCGAUAUCUAUGCGCGCCAGCCCACUCAACAGGAGUGGAUUGCAUACAACGCCCGGAACAGCCAGCGGAAAGUAUGCGGUUUUUAUCAAAUGGGCCAGCCAUGCAAAACAACGCCUUGUGGCUUUGACCGCAGACAUCUAGGACUAGACGCUCUACACAUUCUCAAGUUCCUCUUGAAGAAUGUUCCGUGCGUUGAGGAACCGAGCUGCCGACGACUCGAUUGCUUCAGUGGUCAUGUUUGCCAGAAAGACGGCUGCCGUGUUACCUCGGCUGACAAAAUCAGGAGAGACAACCACACAUCCGACCUCUGGGUCUCCAAGUUUGUCAAGCCGGAUGGGUAAAGCGAUCUGGUAGAGGAUGCCUCAGUUCCCAGCAACGAUGACUUCAUCGAUCUGUCCUGAAUGCUAUUCGAGAGUAUGCAAAGGACAUGCAGGCAAGAGCAGU